CUGGUGCUGCACAGUCAUAGCUCCCAGCUAUACACAGAGGCUGCCUUCGUGUGGUCACAGACUCACCAGGGGGCUUCUCAGAAACCCUCCUGCCAGGGUCGCUAUGAUCGGGGCCCGUGGCAGGUUUGCACAGCCCCACCCUGCUCACAGCUGGGCCACCCUGAGAAAGAUCAAAGGACCACAUUCCCACCCACCACCCAGAUCAGUCGCUGUCAUACACAGCCCCCAGCACAGAGACAUGGGCAGGGAACUGAGCGAGGAUGGGGCCAGGUGAGUAAGAGCCCCAGAUGUGCCCAGCUGUGAGCCAGCACCCGGAGCAACCCUGGAUCCUGCAGGACACAUCCCUGCACUGGGGACUUCUCUGUCCAUCAUCCAUCCAGCUGUGCAGGGACCCAGUUGCUGGGCUGACGCACAGCCUGUCUUUCCCCGCAGCCUGUGUGGUCAGCUGUGGUUGAACAGAGUCUGAACCUGCCGCUCAGAUGAGCGUGUAUAUGUGACCUGCAGGUUUCCUGCUGGGUCUAUAAAUCACCUAGGGCUGAGGCAGAUGCACAGUCCCCUUCCCUGGAUGGCUCUGAUAAUGCAGCUUCUGCUCCUGCUCCCCACGGCUUUUUUCCUGCCCCCUGGGGCUCUGGCCGGGUGGAUCACUGGGGGAAAGGAAGCCCGGGCUCACUCCAAACCCUACAUGGCUUUCCUCAACAUCAGCAUGAAGCAUGGGCACAAAAGGUGUGGAGGAUUCCUGAUCCAAAAGGACUUUGUGCUGACGGCUGCCCACUGUGACCUAGGAAAAAUCGUGGUGUAUCUGGGAGCUCACAAUGUGACCAAGCGGGAGUGGAGCCAGCAACGCCUGGCCGUCCGACGGAAAAUCCCCCACCCGAAAUACAACAACAAGACAUGGGAGAACGACCUCAUGUUACUCAAGCUGAAGGGCAAAGUGAAGCUGACAAAGGCCGUGCAGCUCAUCCCCCUGCCUGAGGCCGGCGAAGAGGUGAUGCCAAGAGACAUCUGCAAUGUAGCGGGCUGGGGGAAUACCCGGGCCAGGGGUUUUUCCCUGCCAAGCACGCUGCAGGAGGUCAACUUGAAGGUGCUGGAGGCGGACAGGUGCACACGUUACCCACAGUUCGUCCCCACCUCCAUGCUCUGCGUGGGCGACCCCAGGGAAGUCGAGAAAUCAUCCUUUCAGGUAAAUAUCCCUCUUGCCCUGCACACAUACUCCCAGCUCGGCCCAGCAGGGGGCGACGCUGAGACUCUGAGCUGUACCAAGGGACACGCACCCAUGGGAAGGACAGCUGAAACCAGCUUCAACACCUGGUGUUUAUUUCACAGGGCGACUCCGGGGGCCCCCUGGUCUGUGACGGGACGGCUCAGGGCAUCGUCUCUUUCGGCAGAAAAGAUGGGUCCCCCCCCAGGGUGUUCACCAGGAUCUCGGCGUACAUCCCCUGGAUCAAGAAAACAAUGAGAAAGCUGCAGGAUUAACCUUAGGCAAGCACCUUCUUUGCUCUCUGCCUCAGUUUCCCAGCUGUAAAAGGAGUGUUACAAUCCUCACUUAGCUCCCAAGGGAUAAAUCCGUACAGCUGUGUCUGGAGCCCAGCCACUAUGGUGAUGGGCUCAUGGUAAAGCCAAUCAAUAAAUAGAGUCGUCUUGGUGUUUCCUGUUGCAUAUUAUUUUAAAACCUUAAACAGGCCCUAUCAAACACUGGAGGUUUUAGCUUUAGAGACGAAUCGACGGGUCCCGGGAUAUUAGAAAGACAAGGUGGACAAGACAGGCUUAUUCAAUAAAAGAUACCACCUCACCCACCUUGUCUCUCUGUGAUUCUGUAAAGCAUCUUCUAGAAAGUCUGACAGUCUGAAUUUGAAGGUAUCAAGACCUGGAGGUUUGUUCUG